AGUCGAUUCACGGGAACACAAGAGCCUUAGGCACAUGGUGGUGACACAAGCGAGAGCAAAGCUCAAUUGGGCAGAGACAUAGGAGCCAACCACAGAGUAGGGCUUGAACCAUUUCGGAGCCAGAAGCUGGGAGAGCCAUUGUAGAACAGCAGUAGCUUCGGCAGCAAAGUGGCCACCAGCAGAAACAACAAAGGGGGUGAAGUGUCAGCAUUGUGCAUGCAGUGCACUGAGCCUGCUACUUCAUAUUAUUCUUAGCCUUCUCACGCUGGUAAACAAGGUACAGCGUAACAUGUACCUGCGAUGGUGAAAACAAGAAGGUUGCAUGUUGAACAAUCACUUUAGCAAACAAGCUCGGAUGUGAUGUAAAUGAUUGAAGUUGAGAGUAUCCACGUAUGAAAGACGAGAACACGAACGUGACUAACGUCGUAAAUCAGGCAAUAGAAACCACCACCGGGAACCACGUUGCCCUCCAAGCAGCUGCCAAAGAACAAAUAGAAAAAGAGAUUCAUCGGAUGCUGACAAGGUAGAAAGAAGAAUCGACUGUCAGGGCAAUGGUAUGGACCAGUUACCGUUGUUGUGGUAAGACAAAGGUGAUACGUGGUCAACGUCAGACACAGCUGAAGAUACCUUUCUCGUUGUUGUUGCAUUGCCCUGCAUUGCAUUGCCAAGCAAUCAUUAUUAUCUGCUUCUUUGCUUUUUUGUUUGAUCAGAUAAUAAUAAAUACACUCUACCAUGAAGUUUCUCUUGUCAGUAUCAGCAUCGGUUCUAUUCUGUGGAAGCGCCGUCCAUGGGUAUGGAGUAGUGGAUCGGCAAAACCGUGUGGGCACUCCGUUUCGCCAAGGAGGCAGCAGCUAUUACCCUCAGCAAAAUUUGAAUGGCGGCGGCUUGAGCUGGAAUUCUCCCAUGGGUGAUGGCGGCGGCUAUCAGCAGCAGCAAACCAAUGGUUGGGGAUGGGGCAACAACUACAAUACUAACAACAGAGGAGGUGGAGGCAGCUACGACAAUUACUACUACCGCGACAAUGAAGUCCAGGGCAAUUCCCGCCGCACGUGGUCCAACUCUGGCUAUGACCCUUACGGCGGGAACAAGGACACGGUCGUUCAAAUGGACACGCAGGGACGUCCCAUGAGCGCUACGCUGGAAGUCUGGGAGGGUCCCAACUACACACCGCUCAAGGUCAAUCUCUACAGUGAAGACGGCAAUCGUCGUCCCUUUCAAACACUGGUCGAAACACCCCGUGAUGGCCGUGCCCAUGCCGUCACGGUCAACAAUGACGGUCCUCAAGAAAUGCCCGUCAAUGCACACGUCUCAUCGUCUUAUCGCAACGAUCCCGGUUCGUACUACAACUACGGACCCCCCGUGGACAUUCAGCGCCUCCGUAUUGAUGGUGGCAAAGCUUUGAAAACGGUCACAUUGCCAUACCACGUGCAAAAUGUCAAGUUAUCGUUGCGCAGUCAAGGAGGUCCCAUCAAGGCCACGGUGGAACUCUGGCAGGGACCCGGUGCCGCCAAGCAAGUGGCGCAAGUCGAUUCCGCAGAUGGUCAAAACAAACCGUUCAGUGCCAUGAUUGACACAUCGGGUGGAACCACGUUGGCCAUUCGAAACACGGGACCGACCGAGUUCCCGAUUGAUGCCUAUGUGGAACUUUUUUCACAAGGUGGUGGUGCUGGUCAGUAUGGCGGUGGUUAUGGUUUUAAUGCUGGUGCUGGCUACAACAACGGCUACGGCAAUGGUGGUGGAUAUGGAGGCUACGGUGGUGGCUACAACAAUGGCAAUGGUGGUGGUUAUGGCGGAUACGGUGGUGGACGAGAUUUCCGUGGUAAUGGAUACGGCAGCGGGUACGGAUCCGGAGGUUACGGAUUUGGACCGUACAACUAACUAGCUAGACCGACUCGAAGGAUGGAAGUAGUGGAUGUUGAUGGUUGGAGCGGUGGCUUGGGGGGAAAACCGACGUUUCAAAACUGAAAAAUGCGACAAUUUCCCAAGCAACUCAACUCGUCCAAUCAAUGUGUAUACAUUUGUAUGGUGUGACGACAGUCCUGAAGCGACUCCAAACUGGCACUGUGUGUUUGAACCAAGAAAAAACCCAAACCAUGCCACUUGGGUGCUUGCAUGUCAGGAACUUGUGUGAUAGACAGGAUAUUUUCAUUUGUGGGGGAAAGGGUUGAGGCACGUACAGUACAAAAGGACCUGGAGUGUGGGAUGAAAGUGCAAACUCCGUUGGCAGCUCAAAAUUUAAAUGUACUGUAGUGCCGAAACAAAACUGAGAAAACAAAAAGACG